AUGCGCAUCACCGUGCGCUCCCUGACCGGCGCAAGCAGCCUAGACACCGCAAAACCAGUGAAUGAAGGAAAGGUGGAAGCAGCGGACUUGGACCUGGAGCCCGACACGACGAUGCAGGGCUUGCGGACGGCUGUGCAGGCGGCGCUGGGCAUCCCUGCAGCCGAGCAGCGCCUGGUCUACGCCGGCACUCAGCUGGAGGAUCGCGUGACGUCUGCCUGGCGGGCCCGGCGGAGUGGAGCACUCGCGGCGGCUUUGGGUCUUGAGCAGCUCCCAGACGGCGCGUGGCUGACCCUGGAGCACCAUGGAAUCCAGAAGGGCUCGGUGCUCAACGUCGUGCGGAAAGUUCAUGCACCCCAGGAGGACCCUUCACCCGCGGCAGCCGCGGCACUGGCGGAGGGCCGGCUGGACCGAACCUUCGGAGCGGCGGCCGCGGGAGCUGUCCCGGCGGCUGCACCCUCCGCUCCCCCGGCGGCUGUGCCGCUGUUGGCCGGGAUGGCCGCUGGUGGCAACGGCGGCACCGGCAACGGAAGCGCUUUGGGGGCGCAGCUCGAAGCGCUGAACGACUUGGAGCUCUUGGUCCUCCUCAGGCUUAGACGGCAUGGAGACCAGCGGUAG